AUGGGUGAUAUCAAGAGUGUCGUUGUCUCGAUCUCAGCUCUAGUCCGAUUAGCAAUAACAAGACUCCGAGUCCUGUUGAACGAGAACAAGAGCACACGCAGGCCGAUCUCCCAGAAGGGCUUGUUCUCCUACAACUACGUUGAGCCCCUUUUCAAUUGGUGGGGCGCAAACUAUCGUGUUCUCACCACACAAUGUCUCGGCCGAGUCGAAGCCUCCGACGCACUGGGUUCCGUGACGAGUCUUGUCAACGGAGCUUCUCACAACUAUGCUGGCUUCUACAAGGCUACUUCUCAGGCUGAGGAGUUGCAGCGGCUGUACGAAACGCAUCAUGCGAUCGCAGACUUCUUUGGAGCAGACUUUUGCUUCACCACCAGCACUGGAUAUGGAUCUAACUACAUCGCACUGCCGGCAUUGAUCGAUUGCUCCACUGUGGUUAUCAUGGAUGAGAACUGCCACAACUCGAUGUUCACCGGCGUGUUUCUGGCCUCCUCACCAAACUUGCGCAAGUUCAAGCACAACAAUAUGGAACACCUUGAAACCUUACUGAGCGGGUGUAUUGAUGAGUCUGUCAAUGUCAUAGUGGCCAUCGAAGGUCUUUACAGUAUGGAAGCAGAUGUACCCCCCCUGGAUCUCCUACAUCGUUUGAAGAAGGACUACGAAUUCACUCUUUACUGCGAUGAGGCGCACUCCUUCCUUUCUCUUGGAAAGACGGGUCGCGGAUGCCUCGAAUACUGGAACGACCACCACCCAGAGAGCCCGUUACCCUGGGAUCUGAUUGACAUUCGCACUGGAACACUUUCCAAAGCUGUCGGUGGUAUCGGAGGUAUUAUCGUCGGGAAGGCUGUCUUUCAGGACAUCAUCCGUGAGCGCAUCGACGGCCUCGACGACCAGGACAAUAUCUCCUUGCCUAGUUCGACAAUGGUUCAGACGUUAUGGGUACUGGGGCAGCCACAUCGAAUCAGUCGUAACCUUCAACGGCUUGCUGAGAUUUCCCGAUUCUGUCGUGAGGAACUGGAACGCUUCGGCAUAUUCGUUUAUGGUGACGUCGGUACACCGGUUCUACCUAUCUACACCGGCAGGCCUAGCCUUUCUGCGAAGCUCUCUUACGCCCUUAGAUGCGCCGGACUACUCGCAACACCAGUUUGCACCCCAGCAGUGCCUUUCUGGGAGAGCAGAGUUCGAAUCAACCUUUCGGCGGACUUCACAGACGAGGAGGUGAACAGGCUUGUUAAUGCUGUUAUCCGCGCUGCAGCAAGCGUUGGUAUGGGGAGGAUGAGAAAGAUAUCUCGUUCUUUCUUCAAGACCAAGAUAGAAGACCUCGAUGGAGAGGAGGAUUGCAACGAGGCCUCGAGGGUCUUUGACUGGGUACGCAGCUUGAUCAAGAUGGACGCUGCCAUGGGCCCGCACAGCGGCCAGAGGCAGCUAUUCGAUAGCACUUGCGGUCCUCGAAUUCUCGACAUAGGUCAUGGAUCUCGUGCUCAGUAUGGAAUUGGAGCAGGCGGUGCCAGAUGGAUCUGCGGCACGUUUCCUCCCCAUCUUGUGGUUGAGGACCUCAUUGCUCGUGCCACGGGUAUGGAGGCCGCCUUGACCUAUGCGGACGCCUCUAUCGGGUUGGCUUCCACUAUAGCAGCGCUGUCACGCCCUCUGAUAGGACAUACGAAGCAUUUCAUGCUGUUUGAACGAGGUGCAUCCCAGUUUGUUCGGGAUGGCCUUGCAAUGGCAUCAAAGAAGGAUGCUCCCACUUUACUGGGUUACGUCGAUCUCUUUCAACUUGUACAACAGGUUAGAAAGCUCUAUCGAAGAAACAGAAAGUUGUGUCUUACGGUAUACGUGCGCGUCGGAGAGGAUUCGGCACACCAUCUUCUUUCGUCUAUCCUCGAAGAGAUUGCUGCCAUCACAGGUCCGGAAUCCGUCAUGACCAUCCUCCUUCACUGCACUUCUCAAUAUUUGGACCCAAGGCAACUGAUCUCUUUCCCCUCGCGGACAAACAUUCACGUCUUGGUUUGCGGUUCUUUCAACCGCAUUUUUGGUUUGCCCGCGGGGUUUCUCACCGGACCACAGAGCUUGAUUCGAGAGCUCCGAUACACGAGCAGGGGUUAUAUGUUCACUACAUCUCCACCGCCCUUUAUCAUGGACAUGUUGCGAGGUGCCCUAGAGUGGAAUCUUACAUCUAUGUAA